AUGUAUGGUGGGGUUACUCGCGGUGCGCAAGUCACCGGCGUGGCUGUGUGCUCCUUGUCCCUGACCUGGAUAUCGACUGUUCUUCGUUUCUAUGUCCGGGUAUCGAUCCUUAAGUUUGUUGGGCGAGAGGAUUGGCUUACAAUUGCUGCAAUGAUCGUCUUCACCGUGUUUUGCUCCCUAUGUCUUCUUGCCGAGUUCUAUGGACUGGGGGCACAUAUGGUAAACAUCGAUGAUGGCUUCAAAGCCAUCGGGUUCAAAAUCAUCUUCAUUUGCGAACUUCUCUACGUCGUCUCCACAACAGUAACUAAACUCUCGAUCUCCGCCUACUUCCUCCGACUUUCCAUCAAACGAUAUCAAAAGAUCGUCAUCUACACCACCCUUUCCGUCGUCCUGGUUUUUAGCACGAUGUACUUUGGUUUCCUUCUCUUCCAGUGUGCCCCAAUUAGCUACCUCUGGACAAAAUAUGAGAGUGGGCAAGGUAAAUGCCUGAGAUCACCGAUUCUAGCAAGCGUGACAUAUGCCCACUGUGCUAUGUCGGCGUUGACCGACUGGUCAUUCGGGAUCCUGCCAAUCUUCUUCGUAUGGAAGAUGCAGAUGACUCCACGAACGAAGCUCUCUGUCAUCUUGGUUCUGUCUCUGGGGUUCUUUGCUAGUACAGCAACCAUCGUCCGAAUCGUCUACAUCAAAGCCCUCACCGAGACCGACGAUUACUCCUGGGAAGGCAUCAACCUCGUAAAAUGGUCGAUGGUAGAGCCAGCCAUCGCCAUCACGGCGAUGAACAUAGCAACCCUACGACCUAUGUUCAAGAACUUCUUCCAUUUCGCCAGCAAGAAAUUCGACGGAUCGAUCGAUGAAAACGAGGGCCGAGCAUCAGAUGAUUCGCAGAAACGAUUCAGGGGCCAUUCAAACAGUGUCAAUGCAAAUGACUAUAGCGUUGAAUUCGCGCAACUGUUGGGAUUGAGUCGUGUUGGCGUUACAACACUAAUUACUGCGGGGGGUAGUGAUGCGGAGAGGAACCAGAUGAGGAAGAGGUUUACGCUGAGGAGAGGAAGUGCGAUGAGAGAGAAGUCGGAUAGCGAGAGCCAAACAGAGUUGAAUCCUGUGCCAACCUUGGGGGAUGAAAUCGAUUGGAGUGGAGGGAUCAAGGCUACGACAGUGGUUACCCAGAGUAGGCAGUGA